AUGUUCGUCAGUGACGUGGGCCAGCGCGAGCCACUGGUGUUUGAGAGAGAGAACGCGGCCUACUCGGCUGCCGCAGAGCCACGUGUUAAAUUUGAUGAAACGAUGGACGAUAUGGAGAAGAGAAUCAUCAAUGGAAACGCUCUCGUAUACACAAAGAGGAUAGUUAGAAAAAUGGAGUUAGAGACUGAACCGGAGAAAUGCACCACAACCAUCAUUGAGCGGACAAGAGACCUCUACAGAGACCACGGCUACGGAGAGCAAGGCUACAGAGACCAAGGCUACAGAGACCAAGGCUACAGAGACCAAGGGUUCACAAAUCAAGGGUUCACAAAUCAAGGGUUCACAAAUCAAGGGUUCAGAGAUCAGGGGUUCAGAGACCAAGGGUUCACAAAUCAAGGGUUCACAAAUCAGGGGUUUGCAAAUCAGGUGGUGGAUGGGAGGGCGAGCGAAGGCAGGGUAGCAGGCUACGAGAGUCAACAAGCCGGGGUUUACCGACCGGAAAUGAUACGAACCCAGAAUUACAGUGCAGAGGUCGCUGGUUACAGAACGGAGGGCGGCGCCUAUAGGCCCGAGAGUGGGGUCUACAGAGUAGAGGGGACUAGCGGCCGACCGGAGGGGACGGUUUACCGCAUGGAGGUGCCCACUUACACAAUACCACAAACCCUGGGACCGACCGUUGUCCAGGGCGCGGCGGCGGCGGAGGAGACGCAGUCGGGUGCCGCGGUCACGUCCGUGGCCCCGGUGACUCCGGCUCCGGAUAGGCGCGCUACGGCGCUACCGGCAAUGGAAGUGCGAGGCCGCGGCGACGACGAAAGCGACGAGGACCCCUCCCCUCGUCGCCGCCGAACGCGCAAAGCGGCGGCCCCCAAGGGCCGACGUCGCAACGCCGAAAAGGACGGCGCAGGCUCCCAACCUGCGAGCUCAGCCGCUGGUUAUCCCCCUACUGGUUAUCCCCCUAUGGGCUAUGCCGGCUAUCCCCCCGUUGGCUAUGCCGGCUAUCCCGCCACUGGUUUACCCCCCCCAACCG